UCGUAACCAGGAAGUAUUUGUUUUGACUAAAGAAACACGACUACACUGACGAAAUGGAAUUUGAAGUCUCAAACAAAAUAUAACUAGCCCAUAUUUUGUUUUAACACGUUAAUUUAAGGAUGCAUGAUUCCCACUUUAAUAGUUUAGUAUUGCUUUUGCUACUGUCUCUAAAUCCACGCGUAUGUCUCCUGGAUGGAGUUCAGAGAGAAGACCCUUCGGACCUGCAGGAAACACUUGAAACGAGAGAAGAACUGGAAAAUGACAUUCUCCAUGAGGAAACAAUACAGGAUUUAAGCGAUCCUCAAAAGUCCAAUUACACAUAUAAUAACAGCGAUGGAACCCAGCAUUUGGAAGCACUGCCCACCCGCCCCCCGACGCCUGCUCGACCCCCAACCCCUAAGAACAUGUUGCCCGUGCAGACCGGGGUGAAGGCCCAAGAGGAGGAACAGUCCAGUGGAAUGACUAUAUUCUUUAGUCUGCUGGUAAUUGGUAUCUGCAUCAUAUUGGUGCAUCUGCUUAUUAAAUUCAAGCUAAAUUUCCUGCCAGAGAGUGUGGCCGUUGUUUCAAUUGGAAUCCUAAUGGGAGGCUUCAUCAAAAUAAUAGAGUUUAAGGAACUGGCCAAUUGGAAGGAAGAGGAAAUGUUCAGACCCAACAUGUUCUUCCUCCUGCUCCUGCCGCCAAUCAUCUUUGAGUCGGGAUACUCCUUGCAUAAGGGCAACUUCUUUCAGAACAUUGGCUCCAUCUGCCUCUUUGCUGUGAUCGGCACAGCGAUUUCUGCCUUCGUUGUUGGAGGAGGCAUCUACUUCCUUGGACAGGCCGAUGUGAUCUACAAGAUGAGCAUGACGGACAGCUUUGCCUUCGGGUCGCUGAUCUCCGCCGUGGAUCCUGUUGCCACCAUCGCCAUCUUCAACGCCCUGAAUGUGGACCCAGUGCUCAACAUGCUGGUGUUCGGCGAGAGCAUCCUCAACGACGCUGUGUCCAUCGUCCUCACCAAUACAGCCGAAGGUUUCUUCUCCCAGUCCAACAACGCCACGGUUUCGGGCUGGCAGACGUUUGUGCAGGCGCUGGGCUACUUCCUCAAGAUGUUCUUUGGUUCCGCUGCCCUGGGCACUCUGACAGGACUCAUCUCUGCCUUUUGUCUCAAACACUUUGACCUCAGGAAGACUCCUUCCCUGGAGUUUGCCGUGAUGAUAAUUUUCGCUUACCUUCCCUACGGCCUGGCAGAAGGCAUCAAACUAUCGGGCAUCAUGUCCAUCCUGUUCUCUGGGAUCGUCAUGUCUCACUACACGCAUCACAACCUGUCCCCGGUCACCCAGAUCCUGAUGCAGCAGACCCUGCGCUCCGUAGCCUUCAUGUGUGAGACGUGCGUGUUUGCGUUCCUCGGGCUCUCCAUCUUCAGCUUCCCGCACAACUUUGAAUUCUCCUUCGUCAUCUGGUGCAUAUUCCUGGUGCUUCUUGGGCGAGCCGUGAACAUCUUCCCUCUGUCCUUCCUGCUCAACUUCUUCAGGGAAACCAAGAUCAGUCCUAAGAUGAUGUUCAUCAUGUGGUUCAGCGGUCUUCGCGGGGCCAUCCCUUACGCCCUGAGCCUCCACCUGGGCCUGGAGCCUUUGGAGAAGCGCCAGUUGAUCGGGACCACCACCAUCAUCAUCGUCCUCUUCACAAUCCUGAUCCUUGGGGGCGGCACCAUGCCUCUUAUCCGCUUGAUGGACAUCGAGGAGAGCCAGACACGCAGGAAGAGCAAGAAGGACGUGACCCUCAGCAAGACGGAGAAGAUGGGCAACGCGUUGGAGUCGGAGCACAUCUCGGAGCUGACGGAGGAGGAGUACGAGACGCACAUCUACCAGAGACAGGAUCUGAAGGGCUUCAUGUGGCUGGACGCAAAGUACCUCAACCCCUUCUUCACGCGCAGACUCACCCAGGAGGAUCUGUUGCACGGCCGUAUCCAGAUGAAGACUCUCACCAACAAGUGGUACGAGGAGGUCAGACAAGGGCCCUCUGGAUCCGAAGACGACAACGACGAAGCCGAGUUACUGUAACACAAAACACACAAAUCACACAUUUCAGGGGAUUUAAUGGGUUAUAUGCGACUGUGUGAGCCUUAUUUGGUUCAAUGGGAAUUUACGGGGGUGUCUAUCUGAACUAAAGGGGGGGAGAAAAUGGUGGUUGUGUGAUCGGUGAGUCUCGAUAAACGGUCAGUUUGAACUCUCGACGGAGAGUUACUUCAUUAGAAAAAGGGCGUUUACGUGUUUUAUUUUUUUGGUUUUCCUAAACAGUUAGACAUUGUAGUUGAUGGCACUAGAAUGGACCCGCUGUGAUUGUUGAGUUUAUUUUGUUGCUUUUUAACUAAAUCGAAGGAGAGUUCUUAAUGGAAUCGGAGGGGAACCUCAGAGAGGGAUGUUCUCCACAUAAGCAAUACUAGUGCAUCUCCUGUCCUCUCAUGUUUUGCGCUGCUGCACACUUUUUUAUGCUAUUCCACUCUAUGCAUGUCCUUUUUUUACAUUCCACUUUGAAGUUCAUCUUCAGAAGUUCAUCAAAGUAGGAUACGGGAAUGCUGCUAAUAUUCUCCCGUUUCAUAACGUCUUUUCUUUGAAACCAUGAUCAUAAGAUUGUGGCAAAGGAAUAAAACGCUUUGCUUUCAUUUCCAUGUUUGGAGCGGGAAAUUCAAGUGAGUAGGCCAUUGUAACCGAUCGAGGGGGAGCAGGUGGUUGCUCUGCUAACCAGGUGGUUGCUCUGCUAACCAGGUGGUUGCUCUGCUAACCAGGUGGUUGCUCUGGUAACCAGGUGGUUGCUCUGGUAAACCAGGUGGUUGCUCUGGUAACCAGGGUCCAGUGCGCCCCCGGUUACCCUUACAUCCUGUUGCACUUCCGCCAUGUACCCUAUUAUGGUACGCCAUAAUUGUAUACUUUUUUUUUGGACAGAUUCAUUUGUGUGCUUUUCUUGUGUCCUGGAAAGGUGUGUUUCUGCCCAAGUGGCCUGUGGCAGGAAAUUAUCGUCUUAUUUAAUGAACAAUGUGAAAUUUCCAAAAUGAAUGAAUGAUUGGUGAUGGUGAGGGAGUAAUUGUUUAUUUCUGACUGUAUUUAUCUUUUCUAUUUAUUGGUCACUCUUAUCUAUGUGAUCUUGUAUCGUUUCUUAUGAGCUCCGUGAGCAGUACAGAGUUAUAAUAGAGAUUUGUAUAAUAAAUGAACGGUGUGACUAAUUUA